UAGGCAUGGAUGUGUCUGAGUCGAACUCGUCAAGAAGAAGAUGAUUAUGGGAUGAAGAAUAAAACUUUUUUGCUAAAUCCGCGGCUGAUGCAUGUCGUCCACCAUGGUCGAGUUUGAAGCAUGUUACACCUGCCGGUAUCGGCGAAUACAAUGCGACAGAUCCAGUAUUCCCUGCAGAAAAUGCGAAAAGGGCGGAUUUGAAUGUCACCAGAAACGGCCCAUCAGAUGGGUCAAGGGUGUCGCCAUUCGAGGCAAGAUGCAGGGUGUGUCGUACAGUCGCUUAGAUAGUCCUGCAGGGGGUGAGCAAGGCUUGAUCAAGUUAAGACGUGAAGGUCAACGAGACUUGCCUGCCGGCUUAGGGGACGUAUACGUUUCAAGCUUGGACCGAGUGUCGAAGUAUUAUCUCGACUAUUAUGAUGAUCGUAUAUGCAAGCUCUUCAUUGUCUAUGACAGUGACCACAAUCCAUUCAGGACUCUUAUCUCACUUGCCGUGAAGGAUUCACACCUGCUCAGUGCGGUUCUUGCUCUCGCAGCAAGGCACAGAGCAAAUGAAGGUCGGACCUUUAAUGGCACCGAAGCACCGAUCCCUUGGAUGGAUAAUGCUCAACAAGAUGCACUUGUCUUUAAACAUCAGGCGAUACAAGCCCUGUCGCAAAUUGUCGGUGAUCCAGAGUCUUGCAGAACAGAUUCAACUAUUGCGAGCAUUUUCCUUCUCAUCUUCCUCGAUCUGGUAGAGUCAGGGAACGAUCGGUGGAAUGCCCACCUGGAAGGCGCAAAGACUCUCUUGUCUUUGAGCAAGUCGUUGUCACAAGUCAACGAUCCCGGCCGGACAGUGCAGGAAAUACGGAGCUUUAUCACUAAACAGAUUUACCUAAUCGAGACGCUGGGUGGGACCUUUGUACGGCCGAAUCUACUAUCGCAAUUUCCUGCUGCGGAUGAAGUAGAAAUGGGUCCAGAUACAGUCGAACAGUCAUUCCUCGGCUGUCCGGAGCAGCUUCUCAACGCGGUUCAGCUUUUCUCUCUCCAACGAGAUCUUGCCAGUGCCGGACAAGUGUCUGACACCUGUAUCCGCAACAUUUCAUUCAUGAUGGAAUCCGUCCGCAGCUUUGAUACCCAUUCUUGGGCUGCAAAUCUCCCUCAAUCCACGAGGCAUGCUACCCACGAUCUUGCGACUCUUGCCGAGUGCUAUAAACUGGGUGCUGUCAUCUACGGGCAGAGAGUCCUAGAUAUGCUUCUUGAUCAAGACAAUUCUCAAGAAGAGGUAGUGCAAAACCUCUUUGCCACCAUCGAAGCACUCAAAGAGGACACCACAUUGUUCAAGUGCAUCCUGUGGCCCAUUUUCGUUGCUGGUCUUGAGUGUCGCUCCUCGAUCGAACGCGACUUUGUCACCCGAGCUUUGGAGAGGUUCUGGACGGUCACCCUGUGCUUGAACACCGUCAACGCUGGGAAGAUUCUGCAGUCAUACUGGCAGACUCAAAAGUGCAACGAGAACAGGCCCUCGAAUUGGGUACUAGGUAUAGGACAAUUAGGGGACUGGCUACUCAUUUGAUCAAGUUAAAUUUCAUACGACUGACAUUAAAGUUCUGCGACUGCAAACAGAUGACAAAGUCCACUAUAUUACAGAAUAACAUCAACCCGCCUGGUACAAUCCCAGAGCACGGAUAUGUGGAUUCAACAUGGUCAGGUUGUACGGUGUGACAAACAUAUUCGUGUCCGUGAGCGCAAUAAAAGCCGUGCCGUUCAGGGCUGGAUCCGUCUCAAAUACUUCACUCGCCGGCUGAUAGGUAUAUCCCCGAUUCUGUCCUGUUACCGUCAACUCGGUAUAGGUCAAGUUCAGCUGCGACAACCAAGCAACGAACGAGGGCUGGCCCGCCGUCGUGGAUGUGACGUAGCUGUUGUUCGGCCCCACCGCACGACCUGGCUCAUCCCAGGCAAGCUCGACUUUGCGUCCGGGGAAUGUGAGCGGAUCGUACUUGUCGCGACUAACGGCGG